AUGAAUCCAAAAGAAGAUGAAAAUGAUUCAGAUUUAGAAUAUGAUCAUAUAGAUCAACAUGGUGUGUGUUAUAAAAACCAACUAUUAAUUGAAACAAUACUAACAAUAUCAAUAGAAGUUAAUAAUUUAAUUAGUUCCAUUUUAAAUAAGAUUAAAAUGUCAUCAAAUCAUAUAACAUCAAUAAAUAAUCUUAUAAAUAAUGAAGAAGAUGAAGAUAGGAAAUUUUUAAGAGCUGCAGCAGAAGCUAUAGUGGCAACUUCUAUGGAUAAUCAAAUUGAUCCCACAAUAUUAGAAUUAUUAAGAAGAAUUCAAUAUGCUAAUGUACCAGGAUCAAUAAAUCCAAAUACUGGUACUUCUGCAUAUCAUACUUCAACAUCAACAACUCCAUUAUCUUCAAAUAAUUUAAAUAAUACAGUUUCUAAUCCAUUAACUAAUAAUCAAUUAAAUUUAAAUCAAUCACCAACAAAUUCCACUGGGAAUUCAAAUUCAAAUUCAAAUAUCCUAAAUUAUUUAGAUACUUCAUCAAAUAUAAAUCCAGCAAAAAAUAUUCAUCAUUUCCCAACUUUUAACUUGAAUUAUUUUGAUUCUUUACAACAAUCUCAAUCCCAAACAACAACAACUUCAAAUGAUUUUGAUCAUAAUUCAAAUACCAAUUCUUCAUGGUCAAUAAAUAAUGGACAUAAUCAAGGACAACCAUUAUCAACACCUACACCAAAUUCUCAAAAUUCAACACCACCAUCAACAUCAUCAAGAUCCCAAGGAGGCAUCAACGACCCAAAACCAUUUUUAUGUUCGGAUUGUAAUUUAUCAUUUAGAAGAUCAUCAGAUCUUCGAAGACAUCAAAGAGCUCAUUUACCAAUAUUACCACAUAUUUGUAAAAAAUGUGGUAAAGGAUUUGCUCGUAAAGAUGCAUUAAAAAGACAUAGUGAUACAUUAACAUGUAAAAGAAAUCGUGAAAAAUUAUUAAAUAGUGGUGGUGAUGUUGAAAGUAUAUUAAAUGAAGCUAAAAAGCAAGGUCAUGAUAUAUAA